AUGGGACCAUGGGGUCCGAGCGCCCGUUCCUUUAUUAAAGAAUUGACUAAGAGACUCACCGAGGCGACUGGUGAUCAAAAGGCUAGCUCAUCUUUAACAGACCUCAUAUCAGCAUUCGACACAAGAGCGCAGAACCACAGCGAGCUCCAAAAAGUGACAGCAUUCAGUGGCAGCUUUGACAAAAACCACAAACCCACGUUCUCGAAAGAUGAAUACGGAAAACCUAUUCCCGGGUCAAUGACUGAAUAUAGAGGGGCAGAAGCCCAGGCCCGAGUUUGUACAGAAAUGAAAGAGCUAUGCGAGAUCAUCAACCAAUAUGGCAAAACACCAUGCAAGAGUUUGCUGCCACCCGAGUUGAAAGAUGCCACCAAAGUCAUCUCAUUCGGGGAACUAUUCUCGGAUAUUGCAGCUAGGUUGUGGAACUCUUUGCCGGAAUCUCUGUUUCCAGUCACUUAUAAUCUGGGGCUCUUCAAGUCGCGAGUGAAUCGGUUUCUUCAAGGCAAGCCCGGCCGCCCUGAGGCUGCUACGUCGCUCUUCAUCAGGCGCAUGGCUGUCAAGCACCGUUUGCUUGUUACCAGUGCUAGCGAGAGUUGCAUCGCUUGCGUCGCGCGCUUGAGAGACGCUUUUGUAAAAGUUCACAGAUGCGUGUGCAAGCGGUAA